AUGAUAUAUGACGUGAAUUGCUUUUUAAAGAAAGAAGCUGACGAAUGUAUCGAUUCAUUGAAGCAAAUUCGAAGUAAGAUUGAGGAAGUUGCUUCUUUACUCAGUCAGUCGGAAAAUAACCAAACUAUAGAGACUUUGCAGGUAAUGAAAACGGAAACUGUUUCUAAAUUAAAUAGAGUAGUCAGUAAAUUAGCUCAGAUUCAAAAACGGACAUCGGAGGCCACUAAGACUUCAAUUGGCACUGUAAAAAAUAUCGCAAAUCAAGCCAAGAGUUCCGAUUUGCUAAUUACUUUCAGAACACCUGGAAAAAAACGUCCCAGAGCUAAACCAGUUACCAAUAUUGAUAAUUUUGACCAAGGUGUUAUAAAAAGAUGUUUACACAAUUUUCAUAAGACGAAUAAUGAACUUCCCACCAUUGGGAAACUAAAAAAGAAACUUGAGGAAGAUAUAAACUUUAAAGGGUCAGAAACAAGUCUUCGUGUAAUUGUAAAGGAGUUAGGAUUUCGCUGGAAAAAAACAGAAAACAACCGUAAAUUACUAAUAGAAACAUCGAAUAUCCGAUUACAACGCAUUGAAUAUUUAAGAAAAAUAAAAAAAUAUCGACAAGAAGGAAGACCCAUUGUUUACACAGAUGAAUCCUACGUAGAUUCAUCGCACUCAACAACCAAAGCCUGGAGCGAUUGCCCUACGGAAGGACUAAAAAAACCCAUUUCUAAAGGACAACGAGUUGUGAUAGUCCACGCAGGAUCUGAAGCUGGGUUUAUACCAAAUGCUUUAUUAACUUUUAAAGCCGGCACCAAAACAGGGGACUAUCACGACAACAUGAAUUACGAGAAUUAUGAAAAAUGGCUUAGGACACAAUUAAUUCCCAACCUACCACCCAAUUCUGUAGUGGUUGUCGACAACGCCUCAUACCACAAUAAACAAUGGGAUUUAGCACCGUCCUCCAAUACCAAAAAAGCCGAUAUGCAAAAUUGGCUAACUAAUAAAGGCAUACAAUAUGAUUCAACAAUGCUCAAGCCACAAUUGUACAACAUGAUAAAAGCUAAUAAAGAAAGAUUUAAAACUUUUUCAAUAGAUCAAAUUUUAGCAGAAGCAAACCAUAGCAUAUUGAGAUUACCGCCUUACCAUCCAGACCUCAACCCCAUAGAAAUGGCAUGGGCUACUAUUAAACAAUAUGUAGCUAGCAAAAAUGUUAAAUGGAAUUUACAAGAAUGUACCAAACUUAUCAAAGAAAAAGUAUCCUUAAUGGGUGCCCAGGAAUGGGAAAAAAUAUGUAAGAAGGUAAAAGAUAUAGAAGAAGAGUACGCCAAGAGUGACUAUGUAGUUGAUUUACUUACCGAGCAAUUUAUAAUUCGCGCCGAUGAUAGUUCCGAAGACGAUGAUUCUGAUGAUGGUUAUGAAGAUGAUGAUGAUGACAACUGCGACCGAGGAAGCCCUGAACCCGGACCCUCAACAAGCAAAAGACGUUGCACAAUUUCGUGCAACGUCGGCAGCACCAAUGACCCAUGCGGUAAUUUCAUAGAAGGCGUUAAACCGUUAACUGAUUCAGAAUCUGAAUAG